AUGGACGGUCGUCCUCCUAAAAGACAACGCAGAUCUAAGGAUUCAAAGGAUGAGCCGAAAAUAAAAUCAAAACGAAAACCCGUCAUUUCAGAUAGCUCCAGUCCUAUCGAACCAACAGAACCCUUCGCCCUCUCCUCACGCCCAAAACCCUCCUACUCGCGCGGCACAACACCAUCAACCCGACCCCCCUCGUCCUCGCCCUCUCCGAACAAAAAGACCAAAGCGCCACCAAAUCAAGGCCCAAAAUCCAAAUCCCUCCACAGCUUCUUCCAGCCCGCAACAGAGGGACAGCGAUGGGCACCACAAAAGACCGAGAAGCAGUCCCUCCCGCCGGUCAGGGAGACUGUCGACGUGGACCUGAUUGAAGAUGACUACGACUCCUACGAUGAAAUCUUUACACAACAUCUAGCUAAUGAGCGAGCGGGAAUGGGUCUGACGGCCACGAGCUCGAGCCAGACACGUCAGUCAGCGCCGAAGCCAGCACCAAAGGCAAAGGCAAAGGCCCAGGUCAAACCACCGCGGAAGACGACGAAACGGUUUCUUCUGUCUACGGACCGUGGGGAUGGCGCUGCCAAGGAGCCAUUGGCUGCGCAACCGGCUAAUGAACCGGACCGUCGACCGUGGGCUCAGCGCAUUGGCUGGAAGAUGCUUUUGCUGGGAGGCGUUCUGAGAGGUUACUCGUCCUACGAGGUCCGGCAGGCAGUGGGAAGACGACCACUGUGUCUUUGCUCUCCGAGUCACUUGGUUACGACAUUGUUGAAUGGAAAAAUCCCCCCGGUUUCGGAAUUUGGGGCUCGUGAUUAUCAAUCUGUGAGUGCACACUUCGAGGAAUUUCUUGGACAGGGGAACAAGUUUGGAGGACUUGACCUCGAAGAUGCCAGCGAGCUCGAUUCCGAGAAAGAAGAGAAAUCUCGGGACCAGCGGAUACUUCUUAUAGAGGAGUUUCCAACAAUGCUUGGCCGGGCGUCCUCCGCCCUCACAGCAUUUAGGACGUCUCUUCAGCGAUAUUUGGCUGCCUCUGCGAAUGACCAUGCCCGGGGCAGUUCUGGAUCGAACCACCCGCCCAUCGUGAUCAUCGUGUCGGAGACUUUGUUGGGGUCCGCGUCCUCGAUCUCGGAUAACCUGACAGUUCACCGGUUACUGGGGCCUACGAUCUACAACCACCCCGGGACAACGAUAUUGGAUUUCAAUAGCAUUGCACCCACUUUUAUGCACAAGGCUUUGCGGUCUAUUUUGGACAGAGAGGCGCAAACUUCCAGGCGUGUCCAGAUACCUGGGCCGGGUGUUAUAGACAGUAUAUCCGAAAUCGGCGAUAUCCGCAGUGCAAUAUCCUCCUUUGAAUUCCUCUGUCUCAAGGGGACGAUACAGGGAGAUGGGGGGGGCAACGUGGCCAAAACAAAGAAAGCUCGAGGUGAGGUUGCUUUGACAGCGAUGGAGAAAGAGUCUCUCAAGAUGAUAACCCAGAGAGAGGCGAGCUUGGGCAUGUUCCACGCCGUUGGGAAGAUCGUGUACAACAAACGCACGGACCCGAGUCUGAUCGAGGGCGAUGUCGAGAUCCUUCCACCGCCACCGGACUAUCUGCGCCACUAUGCCCGACCAAAAGCUUCGCAGGUCUUGGUCAAUGAUCUGGUCGACGAGACGGGGACUGACGUAUCGACGUUCAUCAGUGCCCUCCAUGAAAACUACAUCCCAUCCUGUGAUGGGGAUAAUUUCACCGACUGUUUCAACGACUGCAUUGAUGCCCUCUCUGAUAGUGAUAUCCUCAGCGCCGACCACCGACCAGGGCAAGGGGCACGAGCCGGGAUAGGAACUGGAAUCACCUUUUUUGGUAGCGGCGUCGACGUGCUCCGGCAGGAAGAAAUGAGUUUCCAAGUUGCGGCGCGUGGUCUCCUUUUCGCCCUUCCAUACCCGGUCAAGAGAGGGGUUGGGCCUGGAGCUGGACGAAGCCGCGCGGGCGAUGCCUACAAGAUGUUUUACCCAGCAUCUCUGCGAUUGUGGAGAGAGGCUGAAGAGAUUGAUGGACUGAUCGACUCGUGGAUGAACCGAUCACUCGAUCCUUUUGGACAACAGCAGCAGCACCUCUCUCAGAAUGGCUCUGACCUCACAGGGGUCAGUUCCUGGAAAAAUCUCCAGGUUGGAAGGUCGGCAUCAGCCUAUUCAAAGGAUAAAGAUAACACUCCAAGUAUGGUUACGAUGACGCCCCGGCAUGAUCUACUGCUUCAUCAACUACCAUAUAUGGCUGCAAUCCGGCGUCAGGACCCGGAUUGUUGGCAGUUGGAUAAGAUCACCAGCAUUCGCGCCAACCAGAACCUUCGUGAUGGACUUGACGACAUGGGGGAGUCUCCAGCACCAGGACCGCGUAUGGAAUCAUCCAGCAGUAAUGGUUUUGGACCUCAACUGGCUGAAGAGAAAUUGAUUCUCAGUGACGAUGAUAUUGUCGAUUGA